AUGUUUUGUCUUGCCUCAGUGAUUUGGAAAGAGUUGAACACCUCCUCGGUUGAGUGGUUGCCGGAUACGUCGGAUGAGGCUACUGGGAGGAGCAUAUCCGGGCUCCGCGGAUACCCCGGAUCGCCCCCUCCCAGGCUCGAUGCAUACGCCAUUUUGCAUAUUUCCAAGAAUCUUCCCACUUUCAAGAAAUUUGAGGAAUUGGCCUAUUCUCCCAUCCCCAACACCCUCUCACUCCAAACCAUGGCACCCAACAAUACUGGACAGAAGGGCUCACAGCUCAAUCAACUCAAACAAUCACUCAAGAAGUACGGCCUCUCAAGAGUCAACUCCAAAGGAUCAUUCAACUCGAACAAUAAGAACAAGAGCUCGAUUUCUAGCAAACUCAAAGAUCCCGAGUUCAGGCAGAAAAAGCUUGCUGAAAUUCACACCAGUCAAAACGUGUUUGAUACCAAGACUUCAAAAGUUAAAUUUCCUACCUCAAAUCAACUUCAACGGCAAGGUAGCAAUGUAUCCAAGCUUAAUCAGAAGAACAAGGCGAUCAAGACGGUCGGAAAACCUAGCCAAUCAGCCACACAAGCCCAUCGGAGACGAGAAGAGAAGCUCCUACCCGAAUACCUCAAUCGACACAAAUCAUCUCAAUUCUUAGACAAGCGAUUCGGAGAAGGCGAUUCAACACUGACCCCAGAAGAAAAGGCUCUAGAAAGAUUCACCAAGGAAAGACAGGAUCGAUCAUCACGUACUAAGAAGCGGAACGUAUUCAAUCUAGACGAUGAAGGUGAAGGCUUAUACGAUGAGGACGACAAUGCACCUCUGACCCAUGGUGGGCUAGAUCUGAACCUGGACGACGAUGACGACGAUCCUGCUGCUGACGAUCGAGAUCAACCCGAGUCAAUUUUCACCAAGCGCCAAGACACUGAUCGGGCAAACCGGUCUGACUUGGAUUCGGAUGAAGAGGAACACCCUACGAAGAAGAAAACGAAGGCAGAAGUGAUGUCCGAAAUCAUCACGAAAUCCAAAACACACAAGUAUCAGCGUCAAAUAAUGAAAGAGAAGGAUGAUCAACUGCGUGAUAAUCUGAACGACGACCUCAAUGAAAUUCGCUCCCUUCUCCUUUCUUCUCAGCCUCCUGCUUCUUCUUCAAGUCAUAAGAAAAAGUACCUCAGCCUACCAUCCCAAGCGGUGGAGGAGGACGAAGAUACAGAAGCCACCGAAGACUCGACUGGCUCCGGGGUGGACCGGGCUCUCCUCGAAACUCUGAUCGGAUCUUCUAGUCGGUCCUCCUCGCCAGCAGAGUCACGAGAUGACGAAGAGGAUGCUUACGAUCGAUUUGUCCGCGAGUUGGCCUUUGACGCCAGGGCUAUGCCCUCAGAUCGGCUGAAGACCGGAGAGGAGGCUGCGCUCGAAGAAGCAGAACGCUUGCGACAACUUGAGAUGCAGCGUCUGAAGCGAAUGAGAGGCGAAGAUGACGAUGAUGAUGAAGACGAAGAGGCCCCCAGUAAGAACAAGAAGAAUCGGAAAAGAAAACCAGAGGCUGAUGACCUGGAGGAUGAUUUUUUUCCCCUGGAGGAUACUCAAGAAACUCAGUGGAGUCUGGGUGACGGCCUGAGACCCGAUGGUGCAUUUGGAGCCGGAGCUGAUGCCGAAGACGAAUCUGAAGAGGAGACCGAUGACUCGACCAGUUUUGAAUCGGGUAGCGACGAUGAUGAGGAGGCAGAUGAUGAUCCCGAGCGUGCUUUAGAGAAGAUACAGUCUUUGAUCUCCACCGAAAGCGGCUCCAAGAACUUGAAGGCGUCGGGUUCUUCGAAGGCUGAGUUGGCUUACACCUACCCAUGUCCAAGCUCUCAUGCCGAAUUCCUUUCCAGUCUGUCUUCAGCUUCCGUCCAAUCUUCAGACCUGCCAACGGUGGUCGAAAGGAUCCGGGUCCUGCACCAUCCCUCACUAGGAGAAGGCAACAAAGAAAAGCUGGCAAUAUUCACCGACGUCUUGAUUGACCAUCUGAUAUACAUCUCGUCUCAGCCUCUCCCGCCUGGAACCUCGUUUUCCGAUGCAACCAACGGACUACUGCCACAUAUCAUCAGCCUUUGCAAAUCUUAUACCCAGACAGCGGCUUCUCAUUUUGUCUCAAAGCUCGUCUUGAUGCAGAAGAACUUGACCCACGCUCUUACCCAUCCAAACAUCUCGGGAUGGCCCGGGGCCUCCGAGUUGAUUCUCUUCCGAGUGAUCGGUCUCCUGUGGUCUACUUCUGACUUCAGUCACCCAGUGGCUGCUCCUGCGCUACUCUUGAUGAAUCAGUACCUUCACCAGCUGAGAGUCAAAGAGUUUGCCGAUUUGAUGAGCGGCUUGUUCUUAUGCACCCUGAUCCUGCAGUACGAGACUCACUCCAAGCGAUUUGUACCUGAGGUGAUCAAUUUCCUGGUCCUGGCCGUGUUGCGCAUGACACAGACAAAUCAAACGAUUUCACAGAUCAAAUGUCUGAUCCCAAUCCUUGAAGGAUCCCAACUAACGUUCUUUCCGAUCCACCAGAAGAAGAUGGGAAAUAUGGAGCCGCAAACGCUUGACUUUACUGGGCUCUUUGGAAAAACUGCAUCGGAAGAAGCACGUGAACCGUCUGAUCAAGAUCUAGUCGACGCUUUCGACGUCAUCAUUUCACUCCUGAACAAUUUCUCAGAUCUGUAUGGAUCCUUGAACUUGUACCCCGAAGUCUUCUCGUCUGUCUUAGUAGUACUUGAAUCAAUCGAUCUGAGGAACAUUACCGAGGAGACGAAGACCCGAAUCACCGAGUUGAUUGGCUCGAUCAGAACGAAGAUUGAGACUCUGAACCGAAUCAGAUCCUUGAAUCCGAUCAAACUGCAAUCCCAUAAACCGAUCCCGAUCAAAUCGCAAACGCCUCAAUUCGACUCUCAGUUCAAUCCAAACCAGAGGAAGUUCAAUCCAGAUAGCAAUCAAGUGGAGGUCGAUAAGCUGAAGAACUUGAUCAAGAAGGAGAAGAAAGGUGCGAUUCGUGAGCUACGUAAGGAUAACAGGUUCUUGGCUGCCGCCCAAGCAAAGGAAAAAGACCUCGCGGAUGCCCAAUAUAAAACCAAGAUUGCUCGGAUUACGGCUAGCUUGCAAGAAGAAAGAUCGGAAGAAAAGAAACUGGAUCGGUUAAAGAUCCGGUUGAAAAAAGCUGAUAAGGCUAAACGAGGCAAAUGAUGUUUCCUCAGAUCCUUCCAUUAUGACCAUGCAUUUUCUUUAGCUAAACCUUUAUGACAAGACAAUACCUUUUUCUUGAAAACAAAAAUUUGCUGAAAGCGUCCCCAACAAAGUGAUCAAACUUCCUGGGCAUUCUGCAUACAACAAU